AUGGGCACCAGUGAUCAAAAAGUUAACGUCGAAGAGGUCGAUGUACCUUCAAACUUACAACUAGAAUUAGAAAAAUCAGGCGCCAGUAGCAACGCAUCCCUCCGAAGCCCGACUAAGACCAGCGCUACAAAUUUGGCGGGUAUGCCUGAAGAUGCAAGAGAUAAUGCAUCCAUAGCUUCUUCAUCGGUAGACUCCCUCAACAUGCUAUUGGAGCGGCAAAGAUUAAGGCAAUUGAACCAUCCACAACAUCAACAGCACAUAAGUAGUUCACUAGCAAAGACUUCAACCACGUCUUCAUCGUUUUGUUCAAGCGGAAGCUCUAAGAAUAAAGUUAAGGAAACCAAUCGAAUAUCUUUAACAUACGAUCCAGUAUCAAAGAGGAAAGUUUUAAAUACUUAUGAAAUCAUCAAAGAACUAGGCCAUGGACAACAUGGAAAAGUGAAGCUGGCAAGAGAUAUACUCAGUAAACAAUUAGUAGCGAUUAAAAUCGUUGAUAGACAUGAAAAGAAACAGAGGAAGUUUUUCACAUUUAUCAAAUCGAGUAAAAUAUCCGAAAACGAUAAAAUAAAACGAGAAAUUGCCAUUAUGAAAAAGUGCCAUCACAAACACGUCGUACAACUGAUAGAAGUUCUAGAUGAUUUAAAAUCAAGAAAAAUAUACUUAGUUCUAGAGUAUUGUUCGCGAGGUGAGGUAAAAUGGUGUCCACCGGAUUGUCUGGAAUCAGAUGCUAAAGGACCUUCGUUAUUAAGUUUUCAAGAAACGCGGGAGAUAUUGAGAGGCGUAGUGCUCGGAUUAGAAUAUCUACAUUACCAAGGGAUAAUUCAUCGAGAUAUUAAGCCUGCCAACUUAUUAAUAUCAGGAGAUGGCACUGUCAAGAUUUCGGAUUUUGGAGUUUCAUUGGCUGCCAGCAGUACAAAUAGUUCUGAUAGUAGCGAAUCCAUAGACGAGUUAGAAUUGGCGAAAACAGUGGGUACGCCUGCAUUUUUUGCCCCCGAAAUGUGCCUGGGUGAGGAUGCAUUCACCAAGUAUAAUUUAACAAAAGAAAAUUUAUUUCGUGGCUCUUGCAUCUCGUUCAUGAUAGAUAUUUGGGCUGUAGGUGUGACCUUGUACUGUCUUCUUUUUGGAAUGUUACCUUUUUUUUCUGAUUUUGAACUGAAACUAUUUGAAAAAAUUGUAAAUGACCCGUUAAAAUUUCCAACAUAUAAAGAGAUACAGUCCAACAACGUGUCUAAAGUUUCUUGUGAGGAAGAAUACAAGAUGGCAAAAGACCUUUUAUUGAAAUUACUAGAAAAAAAUCCUCAAAAAAGAAUGACGAUACCAGAAAUUAAGAAACACCCUUUUGUUUCAUGGGAUUUUGACCAUAUACCAGAAAAUGAUGAAAAGUUACUCUCUUCUACCCUCGAACAAAAGUUACGUUUCCAAUGUAAUCAAACUGAUCAAUUUGAACCCAUUUCUAUCUCAAAGCACGAAUUGAAAAACGCUGUCUCUGGUGUCGGAAAAAAAAUCAAAGAAUCCGUACUAAAGAGCAUUCCGCUGAAGGAUCCAUCAGAUCUCUCAAAUAACAAUUACCUUCAGCCAACGGAAACCAAUAGAAGCAGAGGUGACGCUAACGUUAUCGUAAGCGAAGGCUCAGUAUUAUCAAACAUUAAGGAAUUAAGUGCCGAUGAUAGGUGUUUGAACACUGACAGUGAUACUAAUAAUUACGAUUAUGACAAUGAUCAGUACAGUGGCGAUGAUAACGAUGGACAUUUAACUAAAAGAGAACUAGAACGAGAAUUAAACAAAUUUGACGAUAAACACGAGGCCAGCAAUAUGGUUAAUUUACCUAUCAACUCUUCAUUUGCAUCGUUGGAUAGUUUUUACAUAGAUAAUUUUGCAAUGGCUAGAAUGGGAAUGGGCCCUCCAGAAGCGGGAGAUUCGGUUUCAUCUGCACCAAAUCUUCCCUCUGCACCAUCUUCAACAAGACUUGGCCGAUCUCCAGUCUUUGGUGGUGUGUCCAAUCAACCAAGUCCAAUUCGUCCUGUUUUACCACAACAAAAGUCAUCAUUUUAUGCGACAGGCCGGUAUGAUAAGAGCCACAGUAGUUUUCUUAGAAAUUCCUCAUCUCAUUUAACGUCAUACAAUUCCGGUAGACCAUCUUCAAGAAGCAGCCGAAUGAACUCUCGUAACCAAAACUUACCAAAAAUACCAGAUAGCUUUUCCAAAAGCUCAACUGCAAAAUUGGCCGAACGAAGAGUUCCAAAAGAUUUAGAAAUGCCGGUACCAAAGAAAAAUCUUAACGUUGAACAUUCAAAGAAAUUUCCCGUGAAGAACAAUAACAAAGCACCCACUACAAAAGAUCCACCGAGGAAAAAUACUAAUACCAAUGAUAAGCCAGUCUCCAAAAAUUCUCCUAUAAAAUCAUUAUAUCAACGGAUGAAGCAAUCUAAGGAUAAUUCACAAACAUUCGAAGUACGUAGAGGAAAUUUUUUCAGUCACUUUAAUGGAGAUGAUGACGAUAGCAGUAGUCAAUCCUCCGUUACCAGUUCUGGCUCAGAAUCGGAUUCUGAAUUAUCAUCCACUUCAUCUUCCUGUACAUCUGGAACCCCAUCUCGGAAUAGUUCUAACAACUAUAAUAAUGCACAUUCAGAAACAGAAUCUUUACCUUUUGAGUUUGGUGUUGAUUCAGAAGAUGGAAGUGGUGUACUGUUAAGAGAUUUACCCAACGAAGACCAGAUAAGACCGUUUCUGGAUAUACAACCAUAUCGACGCAUGAAAGUCAGAAGUUCUGUAAACCCCAAGCCACCUUCCGUAUCAUCUUCUUCAUCUUCAUCAGAGGACGAAGAGGAAUUGAUUUUAAACGUCGGGGCUGCAGGUCACCGUAGAAGGCACAAUUCUUCAAGACCUGAUGAACUAUCCGCUAGUCCACAGAGGGGAUCAAAUAAUGUCAUGUAUUCAAAUGGAAGUGUUCAUGACAGCGAGACGACCAUAACGCCGCAUAACGUAGAUGGUUUGACGUUGCAUCGAACACCCAGCCAUAGUCAACCCGUUAGUAACCCUGGUUUGUUAGUACUACCAAAGCAUUUUGAUCAAAAAAAGGCCACGACGGAAACCUCUAAUCUAACAGAUAUUGUUGAAUUUAACGGUAGUAACAAUUACCAAAAGGAAAAAGAUUAUGGUAAAGUUCUUUAUUCAAGGGACUUGUUGAAAGAUGCUCUAAGCUCCACUAAUGCAGGCAGAAGAAGAUCCAUACCCUCAAAUAAAAUAAGAGGAAGAAAGGGCGCGAGUAUUGCCAUGAGUACUAAUAUCGGCGGUGAUGAGCAUCCCAGAAAUACCAGCUGCAAUGGUGAUAAAAAACAAGAAAGUGGAGGUAGAAGACAAAGGACUCACGAAAGAUCGCGAUCUUUAACAGUCGCGGAACUGAAUGAAGAAAAGAGAAGGAGUGCACUUCCAUGA